UCAAUUGUGGCAAAUAGUUCAAGCCAAAGAUGCAAUGCAUUCCAAGCUAUUCAAGGCUUCUGUCUUGACUCCACAAACACACAUAGGCAAGUCAUUGAAGUGCUCUCACACAGAGGGUGGAGUGUUCCAGCAGAUUCCAUCUACCAUAUGGUUCAGUCAGUGACCACAAGCCUCAAAGCAAGCUUGAAGAACCUC